UGUUUAGGCAUGGCUGUCAUGAAAAUAUGUAUUUGCUUACUUUUGUAUAUAUUUAUGUGCUUUAGCGAUGUACGGGCGUUGUUAGAUUUUGAGGAGCUUCGAUCAGUUCAGUACUCCUUAGAUAUACUAAACAGUCCCGUCCUGCUAUCUCAGGAAAAUGCAGAUGGUACUGUGUUGAUUUCUUCAAAGCAUGGGCAACAGUAUCAAUGUGCCCUCCCUGAUACACAAGUUAGUAUCGAAAAAGAAAAGGAGGAUGAGAAGGUUGCCACAGAGAUAGGCAUUUCAGAGCUUCUAAAACCACUUUCUGAUGCACCUUGUUUAAUAAAGGAGGCAGGCUGGUGGAUAUAUGAAUUUUGUUAUGGGAAGUACAUAACCCAGUAUCAUUUAGAAGGCAAAAAAAGAUCAGGAGAUGAAAUUGUACUAGGAAUCUAUGAAUCAGAGUAUGACUGGAUUGAGAAUGGAGAGAAAAAGCAAUCAGCUAAGAAUGAGAAUCAGCUGUCUAGAUAUCACAGUCAGCAUUAUGUUAAUGGAACCAAGUGUGAUCUGACAGAAAAGGAAAGAAAGACUGAAGUCAGAUUUAUGUGUGAGGAAGGCAAGGGAGACUACAUAGCGCGCAUUGAGGAACCACAGACCUGCUCAUACAUUGUGACGGUGCAUACGAUGCGCAUAUGCCACCACCCGUACCUAAAGCGACCUCAAAAGCUGAAAUCCCACCCGAUUGUCUGUAGCCCUGCAUUGUCACAGCAACAGUAUGAUCGCUAUCUGAAAGUAGAAGAAGAAGCUGAGCGUGUAAAAGAGGAACUGGCAGCUAAGAAGGCAGAGGUUUUGGCACAUUUGAAGGGUACAAAGACUGAAAGUGCAGAAGCUAAAUCAGACGCUGUGAUAAGUGGAGAUAACCUCGUGAGGGAGAGUGAUGGGAGACAAGAGGAUGGUGAGAAUAAGGUUGAGCAGAGCAGUGAGCAGGAUGCAGUGGGGGCAGAGAGGGUAGAGGAGGAGGACGAAGAAGCAGAUGGUGUGUCUGUUCAGAUGAAAGUUAUAAACUCAGAGGAAGAGUUGGACAGGUACAUGAAGGAAGUUGCAAAAGAAGCUCAAAGCCAAAUGGUCAUCAAACAUUAUAAGAGCUUUCAAGACGAAACACUUAAAUUACUGGAAGAAUCAGAAAGUGAUGAAGAAUAUGAUGACUAUGAGGAGAAAUUGACUGAACAGCUCGAGAAAGAACUCAUGGAAGAAUAUGAGAAAGAAUUGAAUACAGUAUUGGGAGAUGACCUUAGUGCACAGAAGGUCAGUGAGGUCAGACAGCAGCUGGAGACUGUGCUGACAUCUACAUCCCAGGAACAAGAUGAUGAUGAUGAUGAUGAUGAUGCUGAGCAGUCAGAAGAAUGGGCUGAUACAUCAGAUGAAGAGACGCUGGAUGGAGAUGCUGAGAAUGACGUGGCACUUACUAAACUUGCCAAUGCUCUGAACAAGCUUCUGAGACAACUUGAUAACCUGGAGGAAAAUAUAGAGAGCAACGAUGAAGAGCUAGAUCAACAGGGAGAAGAUGCAUUGCAGGAUGGGGCACCAGAAAACAAGAUGGAAGAUGACCAACAGACUGAGCCUCUAUCUGACUUGACACAGAUGCCAACCUCUACAGCAGAAGUGCGAAAGGACAUAUUGAUGAAGAAGGACAAAGAUGAAAAAGAAGAAAAUGGAGAUGUUUAUGAGGCACUAAAUAUGAAGAGGGACCCUGCGAAUAAUAUUGAGAGAGAAAUAGAUGAAGAAAUCGAUGGAGAGAAAUCACCGAGUGGGUCUGAGGUGCAGCCAAACGAUAGGGAACAUUAUGUAUCACGUGCACUGCGUGAGAAAGUCGAUCAGUACAAACAGCGGAACAGCAUUCGGAUGCGUGUCAGCCGCAUCAAGCAGACUCUUCAGGAACACAUGCAUAAGCAGAACGCACGCAGUGAGCAGUUGAAAAAGCUAGAGGGUGCUAUUAAAGAGCAGCUGGAAAAAGCCGGUCUGGAUGCCAGCGGUCAGAAGAUUCAAGUUAGAAUCGUGACGACAGGCUUCGAUGUCACUGACAACGUCCACAUGCUCUCCGACGAAGAGACACUUCAGUUCAAAAACCUCAUCGCUAGUGUAUUGGGAGCAAAUAAAGAUAUGAUACAGGAAAAGGAGCGACACAAUGUACUGGAGAAGAAUUAUAACUAUGUCUGGCAAGCGUCUGUUGCUGCACAAAAAACCGAAACAAAACACGACACAAGUGACGCUGACCAGCAAUCGAUCGUUUCUGCUUUCAUACGAAUGGAGGAUGAAGACGAGGAUUUGUGAGCAACAACAAAAAUAUAAUACACACGUGGUAAACAAUCUGGUGAAAAACCAGCCAGUUUUAGCUGACGUUGCACCAAAACGAAUUCAUAUUUCUUUUAGGAACUUUUAGUUGUUGUUUAAUGAAGCCGAAUUGCAAAAAAAAUUUGUUUCAGAUUGUUCUUUACUGUGGUCAGUAGUCAAAGAAUUAGUGCUGGAAAAAUUAGCAAUUACUUACCGUGCAGUGGUUUCACGUUUUUGCAUGCUCUUGUAACUGAUGACGGUGCAGGUGCUCUCUCUGCAUGGGCAGCUAAACGAAUUACAGAUCGUAUAAGUUUGGAGGAUGGCAAACCAUAUCUGUUACCUUUCCAUUUAAACUGUGAAUUGCGUGCUGUGUGAUCGAGUUGUUAGACUAAAUAUAUUCAAGAGGUAUUGUAAAUAGUAUAAACAGAUAAAGAGUGGUAUGAGAUAUGUGGCUGUCAUGUCCUUGCUUGUGGUAUCAGGUUUUGUUGUGUUUGAGACAGUAUUGUGAUUAUAAUUGGCUUGCUAUUCAUAUCAUUUUCAUUUAGAUGUUUACGAUAUAUUAUUGUAUUGUGUUACAAUUUGGAACAUAUGCCUACAGUUUGCACACUACAAUAAAAAUGACUCCAAAUGUAUGCUAAAUUGCUCCUGCACAUAUAAUAUUAGUAGAUUUGAUGAACUAAACUGGAAGGACAUGUGUAUGACCAUUUGGCACCAAAGAAUAUCCCUGGUCAUUAGUUCUCCUAAACAUAAAGUAUCAUGCUGUCUCAUACCUUUGUCGGUUUUGCAUGACAUUCUACUGCAGUACAUUUGUUGUAUAUUUUGUAAAUUUAAUCAUGAACAUAUAUGUGUGUAUACUACUAUUGUAUAGAUAUGUGUUCAUGAUGUAAUCCAUUAUUGUGGUCACCAUUUUUUAUUUAAUGUGAUAUGAUCAGCAAGGAUAUAGAGCAUGGUGUUAUGUGCUGUACGAGUUUUUGGAUACUCUCAGCUCCUCGUGGGCAUGUUUAUAUAUAGUUGGUUGGGUUGUAUAAUUUAAGAUGCGUCAAUGUACCGUCUUUCAAUUAGUCAUAAUAUAAGUGGCUAAAUGUGCGCUUUCGCAUUGGGACAUUUACCCGUGUGUACAUGCAGGCACGUGUGGCUAUCUUUCUGUAUGCUUUGUAAACUGUUAUGGCGUUAGUUGUGUUGGUUUGUUUGAUCACCGUUCUAUCGUGUUGACUCACUGUUCACCAAAAAAGCGAUGUUCCUGGCCGUAUGACCUAGUUAAAGAAUUUGAAAAAUGUCUGGUUGAAAUCCCACUGCUUGGGUUCAGGCAUGCGUGCACAGCAACAUUAACAGGCCUUUCAGCCCCCAUCGGGAUUGGUUGAUUCUAGUAAGUUACUCGUUUUUAGCUGUAUAAGCUUCAUCAAUGCAUGCACUGUGAUGCAUGCAUGUGCAAGUGGUAAUUUCGUUUCCAGAUGCACUAGGUAGAAGGGGCCUAUUCAACUACGGUCAUUAAUAAUCGUGACUGUCACAUUUUUUACAAAUCGUUAUUCUGUUACUUCCAAGUUAUAUAAAAAUAUUUUCUAUUAUAAAGAGCCCAAUAAAAAUAUUUAUUAAAGAA